UCUGCCUCUCACCCUCUUUACAAUAAAAACAAGAAAUCAAAAUUAAUAAAGAGGAAAAGGAAGAAAAAACAAAUCUAACCUGCAAAACUUCACUUGUUUUUGUGAUCCAAUUCUCAUGUUGUUUGUUGUCGAAUGGUGGGCCAUAGUAUUUUUAAAGAAUUUCGAUGAAGAGAAAAAGGCGAAGAAUGAAAGAAAAUUAGAGAUGGGUUUCUCUAAAGACAAUAUGGUUGGAUUUCUUUUGGCUCUUAGUUCUAGUGCGUUUAUAGGGGCAAGCUUUAUAAUUAAGAAGAAAGGUCUGAGACGAGCAGCUGCUGCUUCUGGUGUCCGAGCUGGAGUUGGUGGGUUUUCUUAUCUGUUGGAACCUCUGUGGUGGGCAGGGAUGAUCACAAUGAUCGUGGGAGAGGUCGCAAAUUUUGUGGCAUAUGCAUUUGCCCCAGCAGUUCUUGUUACCCCUCUUGGUGCCUUAAGUAUUAUUGUCAGUGCUGUGUUGGCUCACUUUUUAUUGAAGGAAAAGUUACACAAAUUGGGGAUCUUGGGCUGUGUAAUGUGCAUUUCUGGUUCAGUCAUAAUUGUCAUCCAUGCACCCCAGGAGCGUGCAAUCACUUCUGUUCAGGAAAUAUGGAAUUUGGCAACACAAACAUCUUUUCUACUUUAUGUGGCAUCAGUCAUUGUGUUGGUUUUCAUUCUAGUCUUCCAUUUCGUGCCACUAUAUGGGCAUACAAAUGUGCUAGUUUUUACAGGCAUUUGUUCUUUGAUGGGCUCCCUUUCGGUGAUGAGUGUUAAAGCCCUUGGGACUUCCCUGAAAUUAACGUUUGAGGGUGUGAAUCAAUUAAUCUACCCAGAGACGUGGUUUUUUAUGUUGGUGGUGCUUACAUGUGUCAUCACUCAAAUGAAUUAUCUUAACAAGGCUCUUGACACCUUUAACACUGCAGUUGUGUCCCCUAUAUAUUAUGUGAUGUUCACAUCACUUACCAUUCUUGCAAGUGUCAUAAUGUUCAAGGAUUGGGAUGGCCAAAGUGGGGAGAACAUUUUGUCUGAAAUAUGCGGCUUUAUCGUAGUGCUCUCAGGCACCAUCUUGUUGCAUGUGACAAAAGACUAUGAGAGGAGUCCCUCCUUUAGAGGUAACUGUACGCCUUUGUCCCCAUCAUUAUCAACCCGGCUUUGCAGUGGGAAUGGGGAACUACUGAAGCAUGAUGAGGAAUAUGUACCUCCUGAGGAGGUAUGCUUGAGAAGACAGGACCUGUACUAGUUGCUGUGUGCUUUCCAAAACUGAUACCACCUUAACAGAUUGCCUGAUGACUUGAAAACAGAGUGUGAAUUCUGUGAACUCUGAAAAAAUAGGCAAUGAUCAGAUGAGUCCUUGCGUUUAUUGGAUUCCAGAAGGAAAUGUUGAGGCUCAUGUUAGUUGUGUGGUAUCAGAAUUUCUCAGGGUAUGCAUUUCAAUAUUUGUUUUGAUGAGAGAGGUCAUGGCUGUAGUGAUCGAUGUUUUGCAUGCCAUGAUAUAUGCUGCUGCUUACAUGUAAAAAAUUCUCGGAAUUGCUGUGCUGGAGGGCAGUUUGCUUCUUGUGGUGAGUUCGCACAAAUAUAACGGAUGCAUUGGUGAGAUGGAAACCUUGAUUUCGUGAUGGUAUAGAUUUCCUUCUGCAGGAAUUAUCUCUUCACAGCGAAUGUCUCUGUGCAUGAGUUACAUGGGGGAAAUCUGUCGACACUCCCUGCAAGUUUUGGUUUUUUUCUGGCUUAUGGAACAUUACUGACUGCCUGCUUGUAGAGUAAUUCUAUCUGAUUUAUUUUGCUGUUCACUUGUAAUGCUGAAAUUUAGUAAUAAAAGAGAAGGGAUAAGCUUGAACUCA